UUUCAAAUUGGGUUAAUAUGAAUAUAAAAAGAGCAAAGGCUAUACCUCUGCACCAGACAAGCCAUGGCUCUGCAACAAGCCCUUUGUCUUUCCAUUGCUUUGGGCUUUGCCCUCACAGUUGAAGGUUGGUGGACAACUCACCCGCCGCCCCAGCCAACUCCAUCUGCAUACACGGCACCAGUGAGAUUGGUAAAUGGCAGUCGUUACAACGAAGGUCGUGUAGAGAUCUUUAAAUACGGGAAUUGGGGAUCCGUGUGCGAUGACAGCUGGGGCAGAGAAGACGCGAACGUCGUCUGCCGUCAGCUGGGGUUCGAAGGGGCGGUUUCUUGGCAUGGCUCAGCUCGCUUCGGAGAAAGCUGCGGUCCGAUAUGGAUGGAUGAUGUUCACUGCAUGGGAUACGAAAGAUCUUUAGACAGCUGUUAUUUCCCAGGCUGGGGAAGACACAACUGCAGACAUGGCGAAGAUGCGGGUGUCGUUUGCCAGACACGAAAUACAACCGCUAUCCCUCCCCGCCCAACUACCUGGUGGCCCCCAUACACGACGCCAUCAUAUAACCCAGUGAGGUUGGUCAAUGGCAGUAGUUUCAACGAAGGUCGUGUAGAAAUCUAUCACAACGGUAACUGGGGGACAGUUUGCGAUGACCGCUGGGAUAUAAGUGACGCUCAAGUUGUUUGUCGCCAACUGGGAUAUCCCGGAGCGGUAUCAAGUCCUGGUCGAGCACACUUCGGACGAGGUAAUGGCCAGAUCUGGAUGGAUGAUGUUCACUGCAUGGGAUACGAAAGAUCUUUAGACAGCUGUUAUUUCCCAGGCUGGGGAAGACACAACUGCAUACAUAGCGAAGAUGCGGGUGUCGUUUGCCAGACACGAAAUACAACCGCUAUCCCUCCCCGCCCAACUACCUGGUGGCCCCCAUACACGACGCCAUCAUAUAACCCAGUGAGGUUGGUCAAUGGCCAUAGUUUCAACGAAGGUCGUGUAGAAAUCUAUCACAACGGUAACUGGGGGACAGUUUGCGAUGACAGCUGGGAUAUAAGUGACGCUCAAGUUGUUUGUCGCCAACUGGGAUAUCCCGGAGCGGUAUCAAGUCCUGGUCGAGCACACUUCGGACAAGGUUAUGGCCAGAUCUGGAUGGAUGAGGUUCGCUGUGGAGGAUCGGAGAGUUUUCUGUCAAUGUGCAGUCACUUCGGCUGGGGACGACAUGACUGUUCACAUAGCGAAGACGCGGGUGUUGUCUGCCAGACACGAAAUACAACCGCUAUCCCUCCCCGCCCAACUACCUGGUGGCCCCCAUACACGACGCCAUCAUAUAACCCAGUGAGGUUGGUCAAUGGCCAUAGUUUCAACGAAGGUCGUGUAGAAAUCUAUCACAACGGUAACUGGGGGACAGUUUGCGAUGACAGCUGGGAUAUAAGUGACGCUCAAGUUGUUUGUCGCCAACUGGGAUAUCCCGGAGCGGUAUCAAGUCCUGGUCGAGCACACUUCGGACAAGGUUAUGGCCAGAUCUGGAUGGAUGAGGUUCGCUGUGGAGGAUCGGAGAGUUUUCUGUCAAUGUGCAGUCACUUCGGCUGGGGACGACAUGACUGUUCACAUAGCGAAGACGCGGGUGUUGUCUGCCAGACACGAAAUACAACCGCUAUCCCUCCCCGCCCAACUACCUGGUGGCCCCCAUACACGACGCCAUCAUAUAACCCAGUGAGGUUGGUCAAUGGCAGUAGUUUCAACGAAGGUCGUGUAGAAAUCUAUCACAACGGUACCUGGGGGACAGUUUGCGAUGACAGCUGGGAUAUAAGUGACGCUCAAGUUGUUUGUCGCCAACUGGGAUAUCCCGGAGCGGUAUCAAGUCCUGGUCGAGCACACUUCGGACAAGGUUAUGGCCAGAUCUGGAUGGAUGAGGUUCGCUGUAGAGGAUCGGAGAGUUUUCUGUCAAUGUGCAGUCACUUCGGCUGGGGACGACAUGACUGUUCACAUAGCGAAGACGCGGGUGUUGUCUGCCAGACACGAAAUACAACCGCUAUCCCUCCCCGCCCAACUACCUGGUGGCCCCCAUACACGACGCCAUCAUAUAACCCAGUGAGGUUGGUCAAUGGCAGUAGUUUCAACGAAGGUCGUGUAGAAAUCUAUCACAACGGUACCUGGGGGACGGUUUGCGAUGACAGCUGGGAAAUGGAUGAUGCCCAUGUCGUCUGUCAUCAGCUGGGCUUCAGAAGAGCGGUAUCUAGUUAUGGUAGCGCAAGGUUUGGGCAGGGACGUGGUCCCAUAUGGAUGGAUGAUGUUAGCUGCACAGGAUACGAACCAUCCCUGGCAAGCUGCAACUUUACAGGCUGGGGAAGACACAACUGCAGACAUAGCGAAGACGCGGGUGUGGUCUGCCAGGUCCAUGGCAACACAACAACCAUCCAUCCUCCAGGGGCAACUGUUCGUCUAGCCGGUGGAAGGGGUCCUUACGAGGGUAGGGUAGAGGUUUACCAUAACGGUGCGUGGGGAGUGGUCUGUGACGACAGCUGGGACCUGCGAGAUGGCCAUGUGGUGUGCAAGUCUCUUGGGUAUUACGAGGCCAAGGAGGUCUCCUGCUGCUCAAGGUAUGGUACAGGCAGCGGAAACUUCCACUUGGACGACGUCCAGUGCCGGGGCAAUGAAUCAGCUAUCGAGCAGUGUCCUCAUCUAGGGUGGGGCAGUCAUAACUGUGGGAGUAGUGAAGUAGCCGGGGUCAGAUGCGGGAACUAUACUCCUACAUUCAGGCCAACCCCUCCACAUGUACCAGUAUGUGGCCACAGGCCGCUCUCGCGUAUCGUUGGUGGCAGCACCGCGCCGCCUGGAGCGUGGCCAUGGCAAGUGAUGCUCAUCUAUAACAGCGGACGACAGUUCUGUGGCGGGACUCUGGUCACACCUGAAUGGGUCAUUACGGCGGCUCACUGUGUUGUGGGUAAAAAUCCCGCAAGUAUCCAAGUGCGUCUUGGAGCCCAAAACAGAACCAGUCCGGACCCGUCGGUGGAAAUGCGAAUCAGCAUCCGAAGCAUUCAUAAUCACCCAUACUAUCGCAGCCCAAAACGAUCGAGUAACGACAUCGCCCUGCUCCGUCUGUCACGCCCUACCAUCCUCACCCAUCGUAUCAACCUGGCGUGCAUGCCAAACGACACGGUUCACUUCCCUAAUGGCACCAUGUGCUACAUUACGGGCUGGGGCACCCUUAGCUCCGGAGGAAGCCAACCAGAAGCACUAAAUCAAGCUGUGGUCCCACUGCGUACUCGCUCCGAAUGCGAGAGGUCGUAUCCGGGUAAAAUCAGUGCUGAUAUGAUCUGCGCCGGAAAACCAGAGGGUGGGGUAGACACGUGCCAAGGUGAUUCAGGCGGUCCUUUGGUCUGUCAACAUGGCAACCAGUGGUUUUUGACCGGCGUGACGAGUUGGGGUCAUGGUUGCGCGUUUGCUGGCAAAUACGGCGUGUACGCAGGUGUACAGCAGCUGAAGCAAUGGGUCUUCCACGUGAUGACCAACGCCCCUUAAACAAAAGAAGACACCCGAAACAAACAGAGGCAUGAACCCAGGCGUUGUACUCGGAAACGGCGAUUUAAGAGAAUAUAUAAUUUCAUACCCAAAACAUACCCGGUUUAAGAAUUGUUAUCCACGUAAAGAAAAAAACCAUGACCUUAUUUUAAACCACAAAUAAAUGCUUUUAUAUUCCUACGUAAGAAGUUCACAGCCUGACUGAUAAACGUCGUGAAAAGAUCCACCCAUACACCAUCCUUCUUGCUUCAAUUUGGCACAAAUUUGUUUAUUCUAAAGCUGGGUGAAAUGUUGAACCUCCAAAAGAUACCCUGUUAGUUUUGUACACACACACACUCUUCCCCUCCACAAGGCAUGUUUGUAUCCGAGUACCUCCCUGGCUCAAAUAGAAAAAUAAAAUCAUCACUCGUGGAGACAAGGUGUUGGGAUAACGAAAUAUGAUUUGUAGACAAACUGUAGCAUAUUAAACGAGCAUUCGAAAA